AUGGCUCCAAAGCGGCCCAAGAGCGGUGGCGGUGUGACCCCUGCGCCCACAGGGACUGGCUCCAAGAACUGGGAUGCCGGGCUGGUGACUGCUCGCUUGGAAGAGGAAAAUUGGAAUCCCAGUAUUGCCUUAGUUGUUGGGAAUCAAGUUGAGGAUGAACUUCACACGAAGGCCCUCUCCCUUGCUGUGCAGGUGCCGCAACGGAAGCUCUUCAGUGUUGUGUCUUGGGAAGGAAUAUUAGCACAGAUUACCGAAGCUGGAGAUGCAAAAACAAAGAAGAUAAAAGAGAAAGAAAAAGAAACACCUCUGUAUUAUGAAGUGAUAGAGGCAGCAAAAAAUGUUAUGGAUUCUGGGGAGCCACUUCCUAUAACUUUGAUUGGAAAGUUAAUUAAAUAUGAGAUGCUUUGUAUCAAACAGAAGGAUCUGCAGAGAAGGGCUGCUGAAAAGAAGGUCACUGAGGACCAGGACAAGGAGAAAGAAGAAAAGGGGAAAGGGAAAGGGAAAGCUGGAAGCAAGAAGGAGAAGCCUGCCAGUGCCAAGUCUGCUGGGAAAGGAGGGAAAGGAAAAAAGGCAACAGAUUCACCAAAUGUGUCAGCAAGUGCCAUUAAAAAAGAUACCAAGCUUAAACGACGUGGAGAAGAUGAUAAUCUUGAUAAAUACAUUGAUGACGAACCAGAUGAUGGUGCUCAGUAUUAUUUCAUCAUUUGUGGUUUUCACUACCCUCAACUUUUGCAUGUGCUAUCUGAUCUUGGGAUCAAUGUUGGAUGUGUCAUUAAGAUUUCUUCUGACAACUACAACCCUCUCCUGACUUACCUGGAAGCAGUUUCUCUACAGGAAGAGCAACUUCUCUCAGCAGAAGUUGUAGAAGCUGAAAAAAAGAAGAAAGAAAAAGCUGUUAAAGACCUGGAAAUCUUCUGGAAAUAUUUAGAACCAAUUCUGAACAGUGGGAAACCAGGAUCAAAUCUUUUUCAGAUUGCUCGACUCUUUCACCUAGUUCAUGAGUCUACCUUUCCUGCUGACUGGAGUAACAGUGACAUGAUGCUUGAAUUUGGAACGGACCUUUUUGAAAGUGUAGCAUGCUUAAUGUAUGACUGCCUGGAUUGGAAAAGACAGCAUCAGCACUACUUGAAAUCCACCAAAUUUAUUAAUGUCCCUCUAGUAGAGAAGAAGAGCAAAUUAGCUGCUGAGGUGCAACUUGCUGCUCCAACUACUCCUUCAAGGAAAAAACAGGUGACAGAAGAGCCUGUUGCGCCCCCAGUUUUAACAACAGAUGUGGACAUGAGGUACUACGAUGAUCUCUUAAACACAGUCCCUGAUGAGAUUAUUUCUGUUGCCUUAAUACUACAUUGCAUGUUGCAACAGGUUGUUGCAUCAGAAGAAAACCUUAUACCACCAAGUCUGGUGAUUCCAGAGCCACGUGAAGAUGGGCUGGAUCAUACCAUUGCAAGUCAUAUUGUUUCCAUCCUGCCUUCACUUGCCCUUUCUGAGACUGAAAAAAUGAAUUUAUACAACUCAUUUUACCCUAAAAAUGAAGAAAACACGCAAGCUGUCAAAUGGCCUCUUAUAUUGAACUAUCAUGAUAGUUUGUCUCAGAAGUUGCACUUCCUAAAGGUACAAGAUUGUUUAGACCCAGCAAGGGUUGAAGAUGAAAUGAUGAACAAGCUGCCUUUGAUGGAUCUUCUUAAAUUCCCUCUUCCUCCACCAGGAAACAAUACUAAACGCCUUGCCAGGAUUCAUGAACUCAUGCACUAUUGCACCAAUGAACAAAUGAACUGGGCGGAAGUAGAACGAGCCUUUAAAGUGUUUACUUUUGAAAGUAUGAGGCUAACAAGGGCACAUAAUUCUGGACAACUGGAAAGUUCUGGCAUAAUGCUUGGUGGUGAUUAUGAGGUUUCUUAUAUCCCAUGGGAUAAUCCAGCUAGAUUUGCUAAACAGCUGAGACAAGAAUUCAGCAGCAAAAAGAAAUUGGAAGAAAAUAACCUCGACACAUCAGAUUGCAUUUCCAGCGAUCAUGGAAGUGGUCUCAAUGGUUCUCUUGAAAAUAACGUAAUUUUGGACAUAGAAUUAACAACCAUACAGAAGACCCAACAGCGGUGUUUGAAUGACUGGAGUUUUGCGGAACAUUUCCCACCACAUCUCCUCUUCCAGGUUCUCCACAAUGCAACCCAGAAUUACAGGUGCAUUGAUUCUUACUAUCACACUCAAGAUAACUCUUUACUGAUAGUCCUUCACAAUCCUAUGAACCAACGCCAUCAGUUUCAGGAGUCCUGGAAUGUUGCAUUGCAUUCUGAUGUUGGAUUCAGGAAUUAUCUGGAAUUGGUAGCUAGCUCUAUUGAUGAAUGGAUACUACGAGAAGAAGCCAAAUACCAGGAAGAAAAAAUGGCUAAGGAACUUGAAGCACUUAGAUUAGCUAAAGAGAUAGCAGAAAAGCCACCUGAGGAUGUAAAGCCCUCAACUUCUGGCAAAAAAGGUGCUGCCUCAAAGAAGUCCAAAAGUCCUCCCAAAAGUAAAGUAGACGUUUCUCCUGAACCUCUAGUUGAGAAGGAAAAAAAUAUCUUUGUCAGAGAUGACUCUCUUAAGGCUUGGAAGGAAGAGCAGGAGCGACUAUUAGAGGAAGAACGACUGAAAGAAUUAAAAAAAGCUGAGAAGAAGGAAAAACCCAGUGCCAAAAAAAAGGGGCAAAGUAAGGAGCAACCAGCCUCUGAGGAAGGAAAAGCAUCCAAGAAGAAGUCUUCCAAGGAGAAAUCAAAAUCACCAUCGAAAUCACCAGAGGCAGCUAAAUCACCAGACUCUGAAGACCAGUCAAAAGUACAGAAACAAAGUAAACAGAAUAUCCCUCCUUUGCCCCCAGAGAAAGAUUAUGAGUUUCUUGGAUACAAUAUGGGUGAGAAUCCCAUUCAAGUUGCAGGGACCAUCCAAUAUCUAUUUCCUACUGAUGGAGGGCAAAUCCAGGCAGAAAAGAUAAUAUUUGAAAAAGGGGCAACCUUGGUCAAAGUGAAGGUGAUAAAGGACCACCACAGUUUCUUUGUUCAUAUCAUAGACCCCCAGGAAGGUGCAAGAGAAAAUAAAAAUAUACAAGAAAGUUUUGGCUCCCUGGAAGAUCAAGAGUCCAAGUCAGUGUUGCAGCCAAUUCCUCAAGAGAAAGCUGUGAGCAAAUUUGGAUCGUUUUCAGCAACUUUAGAAAAUGAAAUCCAUAUUUCCUUUAGUUGCUAUGGAUCUUCUGGAAAAGCAGCAGAGGAAAAGGAUCCUGAUUUAGCAGCCAUUUUGUCUAUCCCUUCGGUAAAUGUGCCCACUUCUACUUUUGUAACCUCAGCUGUUUCUGCUGCUACAGUUUCGACUGCAGGAAAGGUUAACAAGUCUGGUAAAGAAAAAUCAGCUAAAUCAGUACCAUCUGCCAAAGUGAGCUCUCGUCUCACAGUGACAGGAUCACCAGAAGAUUCUUCAAAGCAAGAAAAGAGGAAAUUAGAAACAGAUGAGCCAUUCCUAACAGAAGCUAUUCCAGAAGCCCGUUUUUUCAAUAAUUUGAAUGCAUCCUGUCCCAAUGGAUUGGUGUUGACCUUUCUUGGUGAAAUGUUCUCAGCUGAAGAAAAAGGUUCCAAGGCCAAGAUUGCUGAUGAAGGAAGCAAAAUAGAUGAGACUAACUUGGAUGAGGCCAGGGUGAAUGAAAUCAAAAUACAAGAGGCCAAAAUGGAACAACUCCAGACUAAUGAAGCCAUAGCAAACAAGGCCUAUGUAAAUAGAGACAAAUCAAGUGAACGAAGAGCCGCUGAUGUAUCUGCAAUGGACAGUGCCAUAAGGAAUGAGUCCAAUGAAGGCAAGGCUGAGGUUGAAACAGAGGAAGACUAUGCAGACAAGGUCAAGGAAUAUACUUUUGAAAUACUUAUUAGACAGAGCUAUCCACAAAGAGUGAAGCAUUCACAGUUGCAGAAAGCAGUGAAGAAACCAGUAGAACAGGAAGUAUCUAGAGUUAUUACCAGACAAGGAACUGUUGUAAAAUACAUGUUGGAUGGAUCCACCCAGAUACUAUUUUCUGAUGGCACAGUGAUCAAGAGUCCUGAUUCUGGCCCUGUGAUACCACCUCCACCUCCACCCAGUACACCUCAUACAGAAGUCUUGCUUUCUCCUGAAAUAAGCACCAAGAAGAGUAGGAAAAAUACCAAGGGUUCUCUUGCAGCAAAAGCUGAGGCAGCUGAACUACUUGCUCAAGAUCACCUUUCUGAUAGAGAACAAACACCAGAUGCCUUUGCAGGUACCUGGAUAACCACUACCCCAUUAGGCAUUCAAAUAGGCACCAAGGGAUCAGAAAGACUUGAUCUGAAGCCACUAUUGGCCUACCAGGCCACUGAUCCAGUUAAUGGAACGGUAAUGAUAACGAGAGAAGAUAGAGUAGUUGUGGUGGAAAAAAAAGAUGGUUACAGGAUCGUAGAUCAUGCUGAUGGCACCAGAAUAACCACCUUCUUCCAAGAUUGUGUUGAACUGGUACCUAAUGAUAAUGAAGAAACAGACACUAACCCCCAAACCAUCAGAAGGAAAGUGAAGUGUGCACGUGUAGAAAAUCCAGACUUUGCAACUGUCAUAACAAACUGUGAAGACAGCACCUGUUGUGCUAUUUUUGCUGAUGGAACCUCAAUUAUAUCAAAGCCACAAGGAACAUACCAAAUAUUGCCCAUUAACAAAGGCUGCCUCUUCAUCGAUGAAAAUUGUUCUGCAGUUUACUCCCCAGAAGCAUUUGACAAAAGUGACUGUGAUCUUACAUUUAAUGCUGAGGACCAGCAGAUAGGGAAAUACAUUAUGAAACACAACUCCAGCAUUGCCUGUGAAGUGAUGGAACCUGAAGGAAACAUUUUCAAGGUCAUGGCUGAUGGCAGCACAUUUGUCUUCAUUGCCAACAUUGAUUCUGAUAUAAAGGAAUUGGAACCUACAGAAAUAAAGACUCCAGUUAUAUAUGGAGAACAUGCACCCAGAUUCUUCAUUGUCUAUGCUGAUGGUUCUGGGACUGAACUACUCCGUACUAGAGAAACAGAAGAAUACCUGGCUAUGGCAUAUGGUGAUCCAGUUACAGCAGUUUUACAAGAGCCCAUACAGGAAUGUCCAGGAGUCCUAAGCAUUACUAUCCUUCACCCUUUGACUGAAGUGUCUCAAUGGGUGAUGAAGAGAGACUCUGCCACUAUCAUCCCUGGUAAUCUCCAAUCAAGAGCCUGGGAGAAUUUUCCUCCAGUUGAGAGGAGAAUUCCAGGCCCUCCAUUCGGGAUGCAUGCUUGGAAAGGUCUGAACAUAGAAUUCAAGAAGCUAGCAGGAUCCUCUCCACCUAUAGAAAAAUGCCCAAAUGUGCUGCAAGUUCGCCGAUUGAUCCAAUAUGAACCAGUCAGUGAUGAACUGAGACACAAAUUGCAGCUUUCUGUCAAGGAAUACAUUGACAAAAUCAUGAAGCAAGAAGAUGAGAUGCAAGAGAUGACAAUUAAAGAUCCAAGGAUGGAAGAGGAGAAGGAGAACACUGCAGACCUACUCAAGUUAGUUUUGUCUUUUCCUAGCCUGGAAGAAUCUUCAGAUAUUUGCACUAAAGCUCAGAUUGUGGAAAUGUAUGAACAGGCCAUGACUUCACUGUUCCAGACUCCAUCAGGAGAGGCACUCACAAAAGAAACUAAAGACUUUUGGCAGAGUUUCCACCAGGAAGGGGCGGUGCAGCUGUCUCUUUGGGAGACCAAGUUGGCCCAGGCCAGGCAGGAACGUGAGGAUGGAAAGAAGUGUCUUAUGAGGAUGAGGGACAAAAUCAUCCCUCCCUACUUCAGAUCAGAAUUUGGCAUGGCAUUUCUGGAAGAGGAGCUUCCUGAUGUUGAACAUUUUUCCAAACUGCUCCCUCCGUUUACAAAGAAAGAAAAGAAGGAACUACUGUUGGCCAAUAUUACACAAUCCAAUGAAAACAGAAGUGUUGGGAAUGAUUUAGAAGCUCGAGACCACCUGGCCAGAAGCAAGCAUCCCGGAGAUGUUGAGCCAAACUCAUUGAUCAGUUUUUCAGACCACGCUGAAAUCUGUCAAGAUCUCUCUGCGACAGAUGCUGAAGUAACUGAAACUAGACUGGAAAUCUUAUUUCAACGAAAACUCCAGUCUCUUCUUGUGGAUGCUGCAGGAUCCCCGAGAAAAGAAAAGGUCAAAUUGCCCUCAUCCAUACAGAGAGCCAAGCCACAAUCUGUACCCAGAAAAAAGGGUGAAGAUCCUGUCUCUGGCAGAGUCCAUACAUGCUCUGUUGCUGCAGCUUCCCAGCAACUGUCAGGCUUCCUUCUUAUCCCACCGAAGGUGACAUUUGGAGUGCUUAAGGAGGGCUGCACUUAUGCAGCUACAGUAGCCUUGAAGAACGUUGGAAUGGAUUUCUGCAGGUUCCGAGUGAAGCAACCACCACGCUGUACAGGAUUGCGAGUGAGCUAUACUCCCGGGCCCGUGGCUGCGGGGCUCCAAACUGAGCUGGAAGUUGAGAUAUAUGCCAUGGCUAUUGGAGUGAAGAGAGAUGAGGGCAUGGGCAGAAUUUUCCAUAAGAUUGAAAUUUACACAGAAACAGAAACACUCUUCCUGCCUGUGGAAGCAACAGUCUUAACACCCAGCCAUUAUGAAUGCAGACCACCAGACUACCCUCAGGGGGAGAAGGCCUCCUCUGUCCGGCUGGUUUCAGGAAGUCCCGGCCCUCACUUUAGGGUUAUACUACCUCACAAGCUUCCUAGCUAAUGUAAGUAAUUACAUUUAAGCACAU